GCUGGCAGUAUAAAUGCACGCCGCUGGCCGCGCAGGACAGGCGAGCAGGCAGGCUAUGACCUCUAUGAAAUUAGUGAAAAUACUUCAAUUAAAAGCGUCUUUGUGUCUUUCUGUGACACGAUCCUAAGUGAGAAUCACCAGUGUAAUCUAGUUCAGCACGGAGAGCGAAUUGUUGGCCGAGGUUGUUCAGCUAUAGAAUGUAAAGUUAAGAAGACUGUCUGCUUCUGGAUCACACUCAAUGAUUUUCGGACCGGAUCCAAACUUGAUGUGAGGAAGCAGGGAUCAAGGGGACCUCUGCUCAGAACCCCUUAUCCUCCCCCUCCCUGAUUUGCAGUGGUGAUCUGUGUGGGUGUGCGGCAGAGAACAAAAGAUGUCUACCAGACUUGACCGGCUAUUUCUCUUGUUAGAGACGGGCUCUAGCCCCCUGAUCCGUAAGUCUGCUGCAGCUCAGAUAGGCCAGGUACAGAAACUCCACCCCCAUGAGCUGAACAACCUCCUGGCCAAGGUGCAUGUUUACCUUCGUAGCACAUCAUGGGACACUCGCAUUGCAGCUGCACAGGCUGUUGAAGCGAUCACUCGCAAUGUUCCGCAGUGGCAGCCUCGUGGUGGCCCCAAAAAAGAAGAGGGUGAAGCUGACGAAGGUGUAUCAGCUGGCCGGCUAGCCUUCAAGCAGUUUGAUGUGAACAAAGUUUUAACCCAUGGGGCGUCCCUGCUGGGCUCUGAGGGCGGGGAGUAUGACGUGGAGGAGACCACUGGAGGUUUGGGAAAUAAGGAGAUGUUAGCAAAACAGAGACAGAUGUUGAACAAGCGCUUAGGUUUGGACAUCACGGGUAACAUGGGACUAGAGAUGGAAACCUUCUUCACAGAUGACGACUUAGUCUCAACCCAAUGUCCGAAAGUUAACGAUGUCUCUGUUAAGAAAGUGAUUCCUGUUAAAGAGCUGGUCAAACAACAACUACAGGACACGUCUGGCCUGAGCGCUCGGGAGCGUAACAAAGCCAAGAGAAAAGCCAAGCUGUGGGCCAAACAGAUUUCCCGAGAUAGCCAAGGGCAAAGCACUGAUUCAGCUGAUACAGAGCCAGCAGCUAAGAAAAUUAAACCAUCAGUGACAGCCAGUCAGGGGGCCAAUCAGAGCUGUGAUACUGAGACAGAGAGCAAGCUUAGUGUGGACAGCAACUGUGAUAAUACCGUCAACAUGGAUGAGGCAGAGGAGUGGCCGUUUGAGUCAUUCUGUGAAGUGCUACUUAACGACCUGUUCCACAGCUCCUGGGAGACGAGGCAUGGAGCCAGCACAGGACUGCGAGAGGUGAUCAAGUUACAUGGCAGAGGAGCAGGCAAAACCACAGACACACCCUGUAACCAGUUAGAGGCAGCAAACCAGUCCUGGCUCUCCGAUGUUGCGUUAAGAUUGCUCUGUGUCUUGGCACUGGACAGAUUCGGUGACUUCGUGGCUGAUGAGGUGGUGGCCCCUGUGCGGGAAACAACAUCACAGAGCUUGGGGGUAGUGCUUCGGUUCCUGGAUACCCCAGGGGUACAGGGGGUUCUGGGUGCCCUGCUGCAGCUGCUGGCACAGACCCAGUGGGAGGUACGCCAUGGUGGCCUGCUGGGCCUCAAGUACAUGCUUGCUGUGCGACAGGAUAUGACCGAGAUUCUUUUGCCAAUGGUGCUGCCCCCUAUAUUCUAUGGUCUCCAGGACAUAGAUGAUGAUGUGAGGGCUGUGGCUGCCUCUUCUCUUUUACCUGUGUCUACUUCACUCAUAAAGCAUCUUCCAGCCCAGGUGCCCCAGAUUGUGGCUUGCCUGUGGGAAACCCUCAUGGACUUGGAUGAGCUAACAGCUUCCACCAACAGCAUCAUGAUGCUUCUCUCUACAUUACUCUCCUAUCCCCAGGGGAGCUCAGUGUCCAGUCUUCAUCAGCCUCUCUCAGAGCUUGUCCCACGACUGUGGCCAUUUCUCAGGCAUAACAUCACCUCUGUGAGGGGAGCUGCUCUGGAAACUCUACACACUCUCCUGUCCUGUGCUAACAGCCAGAACACAGUCACCACAUGGCUGGCCCCUAUUCUACCAGACUGUUUGAGGCAUGUGUAUCAGCGUAGUUUACUCGAGGACAAUCCACAUGUGUUAGCAGUUACAGAAAAGGUGUGGGCUAAACUCCUGGAGGUUGUGCCCCUCUCCCACCUUGUUCCCGCGGCGUGUCUGUGGCUGGGCGUCUGGCUAUGUCUGGUGAUGCAGCCUGCCAGACUACCUUACGACCCUAGUUACCUGAUAGAAGCCAAACACAGAGGCAGGGAGCAGACCCCAGGUAAAGCCCGCCUGUCCAACAGUGGCGACUCCGUGUUGAAGGAGACCAGGGACCACAUCGGGGGAAUUAGCACGCUCACCUCAGGGCCUCAGGAGCUGGAUAUCACCGUCACUAGGGCCAGGAUCACCUCAGCCAGGCUAUUGGGUAAGCUGUGUAGCAGAAUGACAAAACCUGACAGCUCGCUGCCCCUCCCCCCAGAUGCGGAGGCUCCUGCCGACACCCUGGGCAAGCUCUUCCUCUUUCACCUGCUAUCCAAGUCAGCCAUCCAGAGGUUUGCCAUCAUCCUGACUGUACAGGAGUGGGCGUCAGCCAGCAAGGGUCAGGGAAUAGGGGAAGAGCUCCUCAGUCGGAUGUCUGAGUGUCUGAAUGAGGCCAUCUACUUUGACGAGAUCGCCUUACCCUUCACACGCAUGCAGACAGACUGUCGAGAGUUUAUCUCUCUCUUGUCUCAGCAAGGUGUGGAACUAGAGUCAAAAUUCCCACCAGGGACAAUUCUGUCACUGGAGCAAGCCAUUGCAUUGACAUCCACUGUGUUUGAUCAGCUGAAGACAGAGUUACCUCCCCUCAAGGUGAAAGAGUUUGAGGCUCGACGAGCUCAGCUACAGGCCAAGGUCAUGGACACAUUCAGGCAGCAACAGUCCCUUACAUUCCGAGUGCAGAGUGGCCUGGCAGGGGUAAUGAUCCUGAUGGACAGACUGCCAGACAAGCUCAACCCCAUCAUUAGACCUCUCAUGGAGUCUGUCAAGAAGGAGGAAAAUCCAGACUUACAGAAUCGAGCGGGGAAGAGUUUAUCUCUCUUGUUACAGAAAUGUUCUCAAAGAAACCCAAGCCCAAAUUCCAAAAUUAUAAAAAACCUGUGCAGUUUUCUUUGCUGUGAUCCAAAAGUGACCCCACCUGUCCAGAGAUCUCCAAGUAUUUCAACAACAGAUAUACCUCCAGAAGUUGACUGCACAACUACCAGCGGGAUACUCACUCUUCUUAACCUGCAAAAGGGUAGCGAGGGAGGGCGGAGGAGGGGUUGGCUGAAGCGAGGCCUUAGUGCGCAAGCCCAGGCAGGAGUAGAAGUACCAACAAGUGUGGAGGAGACAGAGAGCGCACAGCUUCUGGCCAAUCAGAGGAGGGGAGCAGAGUUUGCUCUUAUGACUAUCACAAGCUGUUUUGCUGAGAGUCUUCCUCAGGAUUUGCCAACAUUGUGGCAAACUCUAACUGGCCCACUGACACAGAUCCAGACAAAAGGGUUUGAAGAGGGACCAGAAGCAGAGAAACUGGCUCAGGAAAUCCUGCAGAGUUUCCAGUUAAUUGAGUCCAUGAGCUCAGCCCUACACCAAGACGUUCUUACUCAGGUGUGUGCUCUGUUACCUGUGAUGGUACAGUGUCUACAUAACCCGUACACGGCUGUGCGUCACAUGGCUGCACGCGCUCUGGCGGCGCUGUCUCAGCUGCGCACCCUGGAGGUGAUGCAAACAGUUGUAGAGCAUGUCGUACCCUUGUUGGGUGCUUCAGAUGCUGAUGUGAAGAGACAGGGUGCUGUGGAGGCCAUUGCCAACCUCCUGGAGCAACUUGGGCUGGAGCUGGUGCCCUACAUGGUGCUGCUGGUGGUGCCAGUGCUGGGCAGGAUGAGCGACCAGAACGAUGCUGUCAGACUCAUGGCCUCCAACUGCUUCGCUUCUCUUAUUCGCCUUAUGCCACUAGAGGCUGGCAUUCCUGACCCACCAGAAAUGGACAACUCGCUGGUGAAGAGGAAGGAUGAAGAGAGGAAAUUCUUAGAACAGCUGCUGGACAGCUCCAAACUGGAAGACUACAAGAUUGAUGUCCCCAUACAGGCUGAGCUCCGCAAAUAUCAACAGGAUGGGGUCAACUGGCUGGCCUUCCUGAACAAGUACAAGCUUCAUGGGAUCCUCUGUGAUGACAUGGGGCUGGGGAAAACUCUCCAGUCUAUCUGUAUCCUGGCUGGGGACCACCACAGGCGAGAUGAGCUCUACAAGUCCACCAAACAGGAGGAUUGCUGCCCUCUGCCCUCGAUUGUGGUCUGCCCACCUACCCUGACAGGCCAUUGGCUGUAUGAGAUAGACAAGUUUGUCAGCAAAGACCAGCUCAACCCGCUGCAGUAUACUGGGCCACCCUGUGAACGUGCCAGGUUACAGAAGAGGGCCAAGAAGCACAAUGUGAUAAUAGCUUCCUACGACAUCGUCCGCAAUGAUAUUGACUUCUUCAGUUCCAUCAGAUGGAAUUACUGUAUCUUGGAUGAAGGACAUAUCAUCAAGAAUGGGAAAACAAAGCUGACUAAAGCAGUCAAACAGCUGAGGUGUAACCACAGACUGAUCCUGUCAGGAACCCCUAUUCAGAAUAACGUCCUUGACCUCUGGUCCCUGUUUGACUUCCUGAUGCCCGGCUUCCUCGGCACUGAGAAGCAGUUUCAGUGUCGCUAUGGUCGUCCCAUUCUGCAGAGUCGAGAUGCCAAGAGUACCUCCAAGGAACAAGAAGCAGGUGCCUUAGCUAUGGAGUCAUUACACAAACAAGUGCUUCCAUUUGUUCUGCGAAGACUGAAGGAAGAUGUACUUCAGGAUCUACCUCCAAAGAUUAUCCAGGAUUACUACUGUGAUCUCAGUCCCUUACAGAUUCAGCUGUAUGAGGACUUUGCCCGAUCUCGAGCUAGGAAGGGUUUGGAGGACUCCAUGCUCUCUCUCCAUGCAGAGGAGUCCAAAGCAAAGGUGCAGGGCAGCCAUAUCUUCCAGGCACUACAGUACCUACGUAAGGUGUGUAACCACCCAGCUUUGGUGCUGACCAGUCAGCACCCCAAGUACGAGGAGGUGAUGUCUCAGCUCCAGAGAGACGGGACGCCACUCCAUGACCUCCAUAACGCUCCCAAACUCACAGCUCUCAGGCAACUGCUCCAGGACUGUGGUAUAGGUGUGGUCAGUCUGCCUGCCACUGGUCAGCUUGACACGGACACACCAGUGGUUGGUCAACACCGCGUCCUGCUCUUCUGUCAGUUGAAGAGCAUGCUGGACCUGGUGGAAAAUGAUCUGCUCAAGUGUCACAUGCCGAGUGUGACCUACCUGAGAUUGGAUGGUAGUGUCCCUGCUGGCUCAAGACACACCAUCGUUAACAGGUUUAACAAUGACCCCUCCAUUGACCUUCUCCUGUUAACUACUCAUGUGGGAGGCUUAGGUCUGAACUUGACAGGGGCUGACACAGUUAUUUUUGUGGAGCAUGACUGGAAUCCCAUGAAGGACUUGCAGGCCAUGGAUCGUGCUCACCGUAUUGGUCAGAAGAGGGUGGUGAAUGUGUACAGACUGAUCACCCGGGGCACGUUGGAGGAGAAGAUCAUGGGGCUGCAGAAGUUCAAGCUGACCAUAGCUAACACAGUGAUCUCUCAAGAGAACUCGAGUCUGAAAACAAUGGGGACUGACCAGUUAUUGGAGCUCUUCACUCUGGAUGAGAAAAACAAGGGAAGUAAGCCAGUUCAGCAGGGGGAGGUGGACUCACAAAAAGAGACCAUGAAGUCUGUGUUGGAAAACCUAGAUGAGCUGUGGGAUGAGAAGCAAUAUGAGACAGAGUACAACCUGGACUCUUUCAUCCAGUCUUUACAGUAGUGUACAACGUAUGUCAGGCUGUGAAUUUAGAAUGAGUAUGCAGAAUAGUGCAGUCAUCCAUAUCUCUCUUCUUUUCUGAGAUCUACAUCAUAUGUGUGUAUUACAGUAACAAAGGGUUGUAAGAUUGAUAUCCAUGAAAAGUGGAAUAUACAUUGUUGUAUGAUAGAUCAUUAUUUAUGUAAAGUACAACAAUAUUGGGCUUUAUCAGCUGAGCUGUCAACUCAUCAUCAUUAUUGUCAGACAUGGUCAGCUAUGAUUUGGCAACCUUUAUUAUUAGACUUGUUUGUGUGGAAACCUUGCAGGCUUAAUCAGAUAUAUGUAUUAUCUAGCAACCUUUAUUAUUGGGCUUUAUUACCUGUCAGCAGUUGGCAUCACUCUUCAUCACCUGUCAUCUGGCAACCUUUAUUAUUAGGCUUUAUCAUCUGUCAGCAGUUGGCAUCACUCUUCAUUGGCCGUCAUCUGGCAACCUUUAUUAGUAGGCUUUAUCAUCUGUCAACAGUUGGCAUCACUCUUCAUCACCUGUCAUCUGACAACCUUUAUUAUUAGGCUUUAUCAUCUGUCAACAGUUGGCAUCACUCUUCAUCACCUGUCAUCUGGCAACCUUUAUUAUUAGGCUUUAUCAUCUGUCAACAGUUGGCAUUACUCUUCAUCACCUGUCAUCUGGCAACCUUUAUUAUUAGGCUUUAUCAUCUGUCAGCAGUUGGCAUCACUCUUCACCAGCUGUCAUCUGGCAACCUUUAUUAUUAGGCUUUAUCAUCUGUCAGCAGUUGGCAUUUAUCAUCAUCUGGUAACCGUUAUUACCCAGCUUAGCGCUUGUGCUGGACCUUGCCAUCUAGUUGUAAAUGUAUUUGUCUAUGGUUUUGUGUAGCUAUGGUGUGAAAACAGUUUCUUAUUAGAUAGUUGAGAAACUCUGGUUAUUUUGCAUGUAUUAUUUGUUGAUUUGUUGUUGUUUCAAUUCAUGAUUGUUGAAUUUAGACACUUAUAAACUAUUGUUGGAUGCUAUUAUCACUGAUACCUGCCCAUUUGUUAAGCUUUUAAACACACACCUGUUGGUGUAUAGGCCAGUAAAUGAGGGAGUUAAACAUACAUACAAAUUAAAUGCUUCCCACAGUGAUCAUACAUUGAGUCGUGGAGUCCAGUGUCUGCCCAUGUUAUAACCCAGGCUAUCUACAGGCUCAUUAUCCAAACGUUACACACUAUGGCUGCACAAAGUUAUUUUGUUGAGAGAGAAGUUAAUAUGUACCAUAUUUGUUUUGAUUUCCUGAACCUCAAGAGUCCAGAACGAAUUUAAACGUUCAGGAUCAUUCAAAAUGUUUAGUCGACUUAAAAAUUUAAAGUGUGCUGCUGUUUUAAUGGUUUGAAGACAAACUUCCUUCCACAAGGUGCCUUGCAGAAAAGUUGUGUGAGGAUUUUUCAUGAUUUAUUAUGUACAGAGUUAGCCGCGUGACUUCUGCAGGCACCCUUUAUUGGUCUUCAUAAGCUGUCUGGCAACAUUUAUUAUUAGACUUUGUUUUUGUGCUACAGCUUGUCAUUUACAUAUACAUGUCAGUGGCUAUGAGUUGUAUUCGUUAGCCAUGUGACUUGUACAGGGUUAGCCAUGUGACUUGUACAGGGCUAGCCAUGUGAUUUGUACAGGGCAAGCCAUGUGACUUGUACAGGGCAAGCCAUGUGACUUGCACAGGGUCAGCCAUAUGACUUGUGCAAGGCAAGCUGUGUGAUGUGUAUUCUGUAAUGUUGAUAGAUUCAGAUAUCUUGUAGCUGAUGGACUAGAGGACGAUGUAGCAGGUUAUUGAAAUGGGAGAUACUCGAAGUAUGAUCUACAUUUGUUAAUAUCGAAUAUUCAGCUCAGAAUUAAA